AUGGAAGACGAAGAAGGGAUCGGGUUGAUUCUAGCCAGAGCCACCGAGCUGAGACUCAAGAUCAGCGAUUGUAUCGAUAACUCCAGCACCACCGUCAGCGAAAACGGCGGAGGAAACGAGGAUCUUUCUCCGGGAGAAGGAAAGAAAGAUGAGAUUAGUGGGAAUCUAGACAAGGAUUUCGACUCAAUUAGCUCUGGAGAUGUAGAGGAGGAAGAAGCUGAACGGCUUUUGCGUAUUCGUGAUGCUCUUGAAUCUCUCGAGUCUCAGCUUGCUGCUUUACAGAAUCUACGGCAAAGACAGCAAUAUGAGAAGCAAGUGGCUCUCUCUGAGAUUGAUUACAGCAGGAAGAUGUUGCUUGAGAAGCUCAAGGACUACAAAGGCAAAGAAUUUGAAGUACUUCGUGAGGCUUCGACAUUUGCAGGCGAGAGAGUCGACUACGAAAACGAUCUUCUCCUUCCUCCUUACCCUGUUCACUCUCCUCUCCCUCUCGGUUUAGAUAACAAUGGACACUUACCUCACUUACUACCAUUGAAGCAGAAACCGAACGCAAAUGGGUUUGGUGCAGGACAUGUGAGAAACGAGACAGAGGCGAAAAGUCCUAACGGAGGAGGAGCUGGAGGCUCAAACCAUGGUGUGAUCCGGUUCUUAGGCUCUGUUGCAAAGAUUGUGAUUCCAAUCAUCGGUGUGAUUUCUAUAUUGUCUGCGUCUGGAUAUGGUCCAGAGAUGAGGAAACGAGGCGCGUCCUUGAAACUACUCGAGUUUCUCCCGCAAGGAGUAGUCAGAGGGAAGAGGACACCGAACCAGUGUCCGCCGGGGAAAGUUCUUGUCCUUGAAGACGGUGAAGCACGGUGUCUUGUGAAGGAAAGAGUCGAAAUACCGUUUGACUCGGUGGUUGCGAAACGCGAUGUAACUUAUGGAUAUGGUUGA